UUUCUUGAGUUCCUAAUAUAAGAAAUCCCAUUUGUAAAUCAAUAGAUUAACUUAGAAACAGAGAUGAACAACUUCUUUCCUGAAAAUGUUCCAAAACAAACAACAACAAGAGGAUUUCCUCAACCAAUGUCAACUGAUCAAAAUUUGCACUCAUCUUCUUCAUCAUCAAGUGAAUAUUCAUCCCUUAUUUUCAAUACUGCAAACACAUGUUAUGUAACAGAGCAACAAGAAACAGAAGAAAUUCAAACUUUAACUCAAUUCCAAGGCCUACAACUCCCAAAAAUCAAAGGCGAAGACGAUGCAAUAAAAAGAGCAUAUCUUGCUGUCAUAUCAUCGUCGCCUUCCUCUUCUUCUUCUUCGUCUCGUGCACAAAUUCAAGAGAAUUUUACACAAGAUCAUCUAUUAGCAACACGAAAAGUGAGUGCAUUCAGUAGGUUUAAAUCAUCUUUAGGCCUUAAUGCCUCAAUAGCUACAAGAAAUUGUAGACAUAACAUGUUGAAGAGAUCCAUGAUAUUUUUCAAGAACUUAUAUCUGAUGAAGAGGCAAGAAGGGAUUCAGGUGAAUCCCCCGACUAGGACACAGGUUCAUCACAUGAUCUCAGAGAGAAGAAGACGCGAAAAGAUUAACGAGAACUUUCAGCAGCUGAGAUCUUUGCUCCCUCCUGGAACUAAGAAGGACAAAGUAUCAGUUCUUGCUAGUGCAACAGAAUACUUAAGUUCAUUGAAAGAUCAAGUGGAAGAACAAUGUAAAAGGAAUGAAAUGUUGGAAGCACAACUUUUAACUGAGAAAGAAGCCUAUGAGUUUCAACAACAUGGAAAUGGAAGAGUAGCUGUUUACAUAACAAAUAUAGAAGCAAGACUUGUGGACUUGCAAGUUAUAGUAAGAGGAAAAUGCAGCAUGUUGGAUUUGGUUAUUGAUUUGCUGGAAUUCUUGAAAAUGGCUAAUAAUGUAAGCUUAGUGUCAGUAGAAGCAAACACUAAGAUGGUUCAUUCAUGUCCAGUUACUUCCAUAACCUUAAGACUGAGAAUCCAGGGAGAUGAAUGGUACGAGUCUGCUUUCCUGGAAUCAGCAAAAAGAGUUGUUGGAGACAUGACAUAACUUUUUAUAGUUUCAUAAAAGUUUCACAACAAUGUUAGACAGAGUAAAGGCGAAUUUAGAACCUUUAGUCCGUAAAUCAAAACGAAUAUUGUCAAUCCUAGCUAUUAUAUGUAUAUACAAUUCAAAUAAAAGCAAUGGAUUUAGUUGAACUCACAAAAACAUCUUAAAUCCGUCUCUAUCACGUAGUCGUUGAGAUGACA